UAGACAUUUAAAACCUUCCUCCCUAACAAACGCCUCCUCUCGUUGCCUCGGUGACUCCACGAAAUAAGCAACAUAACAUAACACCAUUCAUAUUCAACUUCGGCGAUGGAAGUGGAAGCCAGGCGAAUCAGGAGGUUUGGGCCCCAAAGGCCCACACACCGCACUCUUCUCCCGCUUCACGCUUCUUCCUCCUCUCACAAUGUUUCCAACACCGUUUCCUGCUGGUAUUGCGACUACAAAAUCUCCAUGUUUAACAGACCUCUUUUCCACUUUGGUCGCCGAUACUCCAGGUUUUUCAAAGUAUGGUUUUCAAUUGGGGUUGGGUUUGCCCUUUCUGCGUUGCUUGGAGUUACUUUGAUUCUCCUUUGGGAACUAGCCAGAACAUUGCAUCUUUGUGGUGGCAGUAAUAAACUUGGAAGCUUUGCCAAUACCUUGUUUUUUGGCUUCCCUUCUUUGCUGCCUGGUUUAAGCUUAACACUUGCUGAUGCUGGCUAUAUAUGUGUUUCUACUGUCAUAUCUGUCGUAGUGCAUGAAUUUGGUCAUGCAGUUGCUGCCACAAGUGAGGGAAUACAAAUAGAGUACAUUGCCAUCUUCAUUGCCAUUCUAUUUCCUGGUGCUCUGGUUGCCUUUAAUUAUGAAUUGUUGCAGACAUCACCUCAUUUGACUGCCCUCCGUGUGUAUUCUGCUGGCAUUUGGCACAAUGCAGUUUGUUGUGCAGCUUGCGGACUGGCAUUAUUCCUUUUGCCCAUGAUCUUGUUUCCCUUUUACAGCAGUGGUGAUAGUCCCAUGGUUUUGAACGUACCCCCAACCUCUCCUUUGUCUGGUUAUUUAGCUCCUGGUGACGUUAUUCUGUCAGUAGAUAAUGUACCCAUCAGAAAUGCACAAGAAUGGUUGAAGCUUAACACAUUGACAUAUAAUGUUAAGCUUAAUAAUGUAAAUGUUUCUCAGCGUUCUGGAGAGUUGGUGGUUAAUAAAAUGAAGGGUUACUGUAUCCCUAAUUUUAUGAUGGAAGAAAGCAAAAUUACUGAAUUACUGGAAACUCAACGUGCUUGUCCCAGUGAACUCACUGCCUUUGUAAAAUCAUUAUGCUCUGCUAAUGUUACGCUGGAUGAUGGUCAAAGCAAAAUUGAUCUUUUAAGCAGAGGAAGGAGUAUGUACUGCUUAAAUGCUAAAGAUGUUAUUAAACAUAAAAGGUGUGGUGAUGACUGGGGACCUGCUACAACAAAGGGAGGUGGCUGUACAUGCUCUCAGGAUGAAUUUUGUUUAGCUCCAGUUCAGGAGCCUGGAUUGGUAUGGAUUGAGAUUGCAUAUUCAAGUCCUCAUGAAUGCUUAUCACAUGUACAAAACAGAUUUCCAUUUUCUGAAACUUCUGGUGUUAAGGAAACUAAUUGUGGUGGGGUUUUUAUUUUUGUUGGUGAUGUCAUCUCAAUGGCACGUUCAAUUCAGCUAACUUCAUAUCAGCCUCGCUGGGGACCGCAUAUUGUUGCAUAUUUUCCAAAUUUACUGGAAAGGAUUUUAAUAUGGACAUUUCAUGUCUCUCUAGCUCUGGCUCUUCUCAAUGGUUUGCCGGAUAUGAAAUGAUACAUGAACCAGAGGUUGACCUCCUGUCAUUUGGAUCAGAGGCCCAGUCAGCAUUGGAAAAGGCAGUAAUCUGAAGAUGGUUAACAGAUUUUGUUGGCUGUAGAAGAAUACCAAGGUUGGAUGCACUCUUGAGAUACCUUAAAAUUCUCUUGACAGCAACCAAUGAGUCUCCAAGGGGUGCUGACAUGAACUGACAGGCUUUAUUAACAGAGAAGGCAAUUUUUGUGAGUGAGUGGCAUAUUGAAGAGAGCCAACCACUGAUCUAUAUAGAGUUGUGUCUGCAAAGUAAUUUGAAUCCUGUUUGGAAAGCUUGAGACCACCAACCAUAGGAGAUGAAAUGCUCUUUGCUUUAGCCAUUUUAGCUUUUUUCAAUAAGUCUUGAAUGUAUUUCUUCUGAGUAAGAACCAUAGAACCAUUUUUCAGCUUAUGGACUUCAAUGCCCAAAAAAAUAUUCAAGAUUACCAAGUUGUUUUAGUGCAAACACAUCAUUAAGUUGCAAGGUGAGAUGUUGAAGUAUCUGCUGAGAACUUCCGGUGAGAAUAAUGUCAUCUACAUACACAAGGAGAUAGAUAAGAUUAGACUUAUGCUUGUAAAUAAACAGAGAAGGAUCUCUCUUACUGGCUGUAAACCCUUUUUGUAUAAGAGUAGUUUUGAGCUUUUCAAAAGAAGUCCAAGGGGCCUGUUUUAGGCCAUAGAGAGCCUUGUGCAGUUUGCAGACAAGAGACUUGUCAGAAUGUUUAAACCCUUGAGGUUGUUGCAUGUAAAUAUCCUCAUGAAGUUGCCCAUUUAGAAACACAUUGUUAAUGUCAAGUUGCUGAACAAACCAAUUUGAAGUUAUUGCUAAAGUAAGAAUAGUUCUAACAAUGACAGACUUAAUCAUGGGAGAAGGUUUUUGUGUAAUCACAACAAGGUUGUCGGUGAAAACCUUUAGCCACUAGUCUGGCUUUGUACAUGUUAAUUGUGCCAUUUGGGUUUUCUUUAAUUCAAAAAGCUCACUUAUAGCCAAUAGUUUCUCUGUUGGUAGGUAAAGAUACAAGAGAUUAGGUGUUAUUUUUUUAAUCAAUGCAUCAUAUUUUUCUUGCAUAGCAGUUAGCCAAUUUGAAUCUUUGAGAGCUUCUUUAACAUUCUUAGGUUCAACUUGAGGGAUUAAGGUAGAAGGAAUAGUCCUAAGAGCAUUGGUUUUCGAUCUAGUAGUCAUGGGAUGAGUAUUUCUUCUUAAUGGAGGAGGAAGAGGAUUAGAUGACACAGUAUUUUGACUGGAUUGAGUGACAGAUUGACUUGGAGAGUAAUUGGAGCGGGUAGGUAUAGGGUUAGACAUAUCGGAGAAAAGGAGAGGACUGUUUUGGUGGGGAAGCACAGUGACAAGAGAUAUAGGAAUAUGUAAUUGAGUUGAAGAUACAUGAGAAGAGAAGAGAAGAGAGUAGAAUAAGGAAAACGAAUUUCAUUAAAGAUGACAUCCUUGGAGAUUAUACAUUUACCUGUAGAUGUUAGACAUUUGUAUCCUCAAUGUAAAGAAGGAAUAUCCAAGGAAAAUGCACUCUUGUGAUCUAAUUGAAAAUUCUCAAAUAGUUUAGGGAUUUAUUGAAUAGUUAAACUAGCAACUUAUCCCUAAACUAUUAAGGAUUUUUAGUACUCGAUGGAAUUCUGAUGGAACCUCAAUUAAAAAUGAUUAAUAAUGUUGAAAAUAAGAUGUUAUAGUUUAAAGAAAAAUGAUUUGGUUUGUUUGUGCCCUUAGAAACUGCUUUCGUUGAUGGAAUGACCUAGAUUUAAAGAAAUGUGGAAUGUGUGUGAAAGCCUUUUGGAGUA